AUGCUAUUCCAUGAUCGGCCGGAACGGUGGCAGACAAGUGUAGAGUCCGACAUCAUCCUCUCCUUCAAUAUGCUCAGUGGACUUCUGCAACGUGACAAGGACAUCGACACCUUGGGACUACCGUAUGACCUCGGUUCCGUCAUGCAUUACGGUAGCACGGCGUUUAGUGUGGAUCAAACCAGUAAGACGCUGGUAACACGGUGA